UGUCAUUACUAACAAAAAAAAUAUUGUUGUUGAGAUGAAUCGUCUGAAAGACUUCUGUAACAAGGUACAAGUGGUGACUCAAGUCUUGUCAUGUGAGGAUAUUUUAGAAGGACAACUGGAUGAGAGUCUCAUUCUAGAGUUAAGUGACUCAUUGUCAUCCUGUCUUACUUUGACUACAAGGGAACAAGGAGAAGAGCUGCUCAACUACAGUAUUUCACUUUGGAACUAUCUGGUAGAGUAUAAUGAUAGAAUCUCACAAGAAAAGGAAGACUUCCGGAGUAUUCUCAUCAAGCUUCUGCAUGUAGCUGCAGAUGCAAUAUGUGUAGCACUAUCAUGUCUCAGUGGGAUGUCAGGCAAUUUUAACAUAGAUUGGUGUAAGUUGAACUUGUUUGUUUCGUCUACAAAACCUUGGUUUCAUUACGAUUGUUUAGUUCUUGUGGCUAGCCAAUUUUCAGUAAUAGGAUUGAUGUACCUUGAGAUGAAUCUAUCGGAACUUUCCAAAACUUGCUUUGAAAGAUGUUUAGAGAUUAUAAAUACGAAUAGGAAUUACAUAUGCCAAAAAAGAGAUCAAGAAGCAACGAAUGUGACCUUUGAUGCGUUCCUAGGCUUGGGAAAAGUGGCAUGGCUAGUCCGUGACUAUUCAUCCUUGUUGAAGAACUUUGAAGCGAGUGGACAACUGGCAGUGGAUCAGAACAAAAUUGAGUAUUUGGCCAAAGUUGAAUACAAUGCAGCACUUUCUUGUUUGGAUCAUUCAGAAGUCGACAUUUCUAUUUCUAUUCUAAGAAUAGCACUGGAGACGCUCUCCAGACAUAAUCUAUAUCAUAUAUUGUGUUGUCUUACUUCCAAGAUUUUGAGAUUGCUCGCCUUUGGUUACAUUUACAAGAAAGAUUUUCAUCAACUAAACAAAUGCAUUGAACAAGCAGAGAAACUAAAUCAUUCCCCUCGUUCCAUUUGUUUAAAGAUACGAUACGUUUGUCAGUAUGAUGCGGAAAACGAAUCAUAUCUGGAAGACUUGAUAAACCAACUUGUUUCGGAUCCUGACAUCGAGAUAGAUAGCUUAGAUGAUGUCUUCAAUCUUCUGAAAGGAUCAAGUAAGCAUUUGCCUCAACUAUUAUCAGCCUACAAGGUAAUGAAAGAUAGAAUAUCGGAAUCCAAGAGAAUACAACAACUUCAAGUAUCCCUGAAAAUAGCUGAAAUACAAGUCCUACUCAGAAGUCUCAAUCAAGUACCUCAAACACUUUCGGAACUCAUGGAAGAAACUAGAGCCAUUUUAAUGUCAGAUCAAGAUGCUUCCGAGAAACUUGAAAACAUGUGGAAACAGUUCAUUGAAACCAUGGCAUUAUAUAUCUCUAACACCGAAUUGGAAGACGCAAAACAAAUCACUGAAACGAUCAUCCAUAUACUUGGCGUUCUUGAACCACUUUGGUCUGCCAAAGUAGAGACCGAAAAGCAAACCACGCUCUUGCCAUCUCUGGUACUCGUUUACUCCGGAGUUGUCCCGAUGAGCUUGAUUUGUGUUUUUUUAUCCGAUACUGAAGAAGAUAAGCAAAUCUGGAUGAACCACACAAGAAAGUUGACAGAAAAGCUCUUGGAAUGGGAACCGGAGUCGGUUAUCGGUGGUUUAACGUGGAUAUUACUAACGGGAAAUUUCCACAUAGAAAGACCGUUUGACGCAUAUUCUCAUCUGCAUAAAGUAGCUGCUUGUAUUGUGCGGUCGUGUUGUGAAUACAAGAGAGACAACGUUGUCGACUCGGUUGUCAUUCUCGUAAACAUACUAGCCACUAGUUUGGACCAAAUACCUCAAGUCGAGCUUGCUCAUAUGCCUGAGGAGUUUCAGAAACUUGUGAUACUGUCCUUUCUACUUGUCAAUGCAUUUAUGGAAUUGAAUUUUGAAAGCUUUGUCGCUUACCAAGAAAAUGAUGACAGUUGGAUUCCACUCCAUCAAAUUGGAAUGUAUCUUUGGAAAGCUCGACAUACAACAGCAUUCAGAGAUAUGCAAGAAAUGGAACAGUCUCUUAUUUGGGAAAGCUUUCUAACAACAAUUUGGAAGUUGGGUCAGAUAUUGUACAAAAAGAAACGUUAUAUGGAUGCCUCCAAGUUUUUUAGAUGCUUCAGAAUAAUUGCUGCUGAAAGAGACAAAUAUGAUAUGAAUGCUGUGUUGCAGAGUUCAUUGCUCGAGUUAACUUGCUUGUUAACAAACAAUGAUGUUAACAUUCUGGAAGGUGCUGCUCAGUUGCUUGAACAAAUCUACUGUCGAAUGAACAUAGGAUCUAUUCGUAUUUUGGAUAGAGAAAUGAACAAAUAUCAAUGUGCUUAUUUGCUAUGUAAGGCUUGUUAUUUGGUAAGAACUCAUAACCCCAGUGAACUGGCAAAGUUAGUGGAAGAUGCUUCUGUUCUACCAUAUCCACAGUUUCAGGAUAUGCUUGUAGACAUACAACGUAGCCUAACAUGAGCAAAGAUAACUUCCUUUUCUGCCAAAUGUGAAGACGUUGUUGUCUCGUAACGCUUUGAAUUCGUGGAA